UAUUCAGAAAAUGGAAUACAAAUAGAAUAUGUGAUAAAUACAUAAAUAAAAUAGUAAAAUAAAACUCAGAAUUAAGAUUACAGAGUUGAGCGACGACCUCAUUCCUCAUUUAUUAGAUCCAUAUCCAUAUUCUUUUUGUGUAAUCCCUGAGUCUGAUCUGGGUUUGUUUGAAAUAAAAAUAAAAUUGAAAUCAGAUGGCCGCUCCACCCGCCAGAGCACGAGCCGAUUAUGAUUGCCUCAUCAAGCUUCUCUUGAUCGGUGAUAGCGGUGUGGGUAAGAGUUGCCUUCUUCUACGUUUUUCUGAUGGUUCUUUCACCACCAGUUUUAUCACUACUAUUGGGAUUGAUUUUAAGAUAAGAACUAUAGAGCUUGAUGGUAAAAGAAUCAAACUGCAAAUAUGGGAUACUGCUGGACAAGAGCGAUUUCGUACUAUAACAACUGCUUACUAUCGUGGAGCAAUGGGAAUUUUACUGGUGUAUGACGUUACUGAUGAAGCAUCUUUUAACAAUAUUAGGAAUUGGAUUAGAAACAUUGAGCAGCACGCAUCUGACAACGUCAACAAGAUAUUGGUGGGAAACAAAGCUGAUAUGGAUGAAAGCAAAAGGGCUGUUCCUACUGCCAAGGGUCAAGCACUAGCUGAUGAAUAUGGAAUCAAGUUUUUUGAGACCAGUGCUAAGACAAACAUGAACGUGGAGGAGGUUUUCUUCUCAAUUGCCAGGGACAUAAAACAAAGACUUGCUGACUCCGACUCAAAGGCUGAGCCUCAGACCAUAAAGAUUAAUCAGCCGGACCAGAAUGGUGGGUCUGGCCAAGCUGCUCAAAAAUCAGCUUGCUGUGGUUAAGAUAGGGUUAGCAGAGAUCCCUUAAGUUGACCAUUUUGUUAUGACAAUUGACAAUAUUGGUAUUGCUUGUAUUUGCUACCCUCAAUUUUUUAGAUGCUAAUAUUAUUUGUUUCUCGUUUUUGUA